CUAAACCUGCAGGAAAGUGCCCUGGGUCGAGGAGAACUCAGUGAGGAAGUGUGUGCAUACUUCUGCACCCGGAGUGGUUCUCAGUUCUGUAACCUUCGCCUCCCACUGGGUGGAGUAGGGCUUUUAAGAGCAGCUGGAAUGCAGUUCCCCAGAUCAGUGUAGCCAGUUGUUGCCUGUCUGAACCUCUGCCUGUCCUGGAGAGCGGUGCUCUGAGCUGAAGCCAGCCGCCUUGCUCUGCACCCCUCACCAACGUCCUUCUCACGGGAGCAAGAAGGAACAUUUCCACCUGCCCAACCAUGGGGGAGGAUGCUGCACAAGCUGAAAAGUUCCAGCACCCGGGUUCUGACCUCCGGCAGGAGAAGCCAGCCAGCCCCAGCCCGGUGCCCUCUUCCACGCCGAGCCCCAGCCUGAACCUUGGGAGCACAGAUGAAGCUAUCCGCGACAACUCGCAGGUGAAUGCCGUCACGGUGCUCACGCUCCUGGACAAGCUGGUGAAGAUGAUGGAUACCGUGCAGGAGAAUCAGCACAAGAUGGAGCAGCGGCAGAUCAGCCUGGAGGGUUCCGUGAAGGGCAUCCAGAACGACCUCACCAAGCUCUCCAAGUACCAGGCCUCCACCAGCAACACUGUAAGCAAGCUGCUGGAGAAGUCCCGCAAGGUCAGCGCUCACACGCGCGCGGUCAAGGAGCGCUUGGAGAGGCAGUGCGCGCAGGUGAAGCGGCUGGAGAGCAACCAUGCCCAGCUCCUCAGACGCAACCAUUUCAAAGUGCUCAUUUUCCAGGAAGAAAAUGAGAUCCCUGCCAGUGUGUUUGCCAAAGAGCCUGUUCCCAGUGCCGCGGAAGGGAAGGAGGAGCUUGCCGAUGAAAACAAGUCCCUGGAGGAAGCCUUGCACACGGUGGACCUCUCCUCGGAGGACGAAUUGCCCCACGACGAGGAGGGCCUGGAAGACAGUGCGGAGGAAAAUAUGGAAGAAAGUAGAGCGGAGAAAAUAAAAAGAUCCAGCCUCCGGAAAGUGGAUAGCAUCAAGAAAGCAUUCUCGCGCCAGAACAUCGAGAAACAGAUGAACAAGCUGGGGACCAAGAUUGUAUCUGUGGAGAGGAGAGAGAAGAUUAAGAAAUCGUUCGCUUCUAAUCAUCAGAAAGCAUCCUCGGGGAAAAGCUCCCCCUUCAAGGUCUCUCCCCUUACUUUUGGUCGGAAGAAAGUCCGAGACGCGGAAAGCGCGGCAGAAAAUGAGACCAAGUCAGAAGAGAUGCCCAGCAACGAGCAGAUGCCGAAUGACCACGAGGACGGCUCCUACGCCGAGGGGCUUUCCGAAGCAUCCCUCGCCAGCGUCCUGGUGGAAGGGAAGGGGGCCGAGGGCGAUAGUGGGAGGGCAGCCUCCAGAGGCAGUAACUCCGGCAUGGACAGCAACGUGGACUUGACUAUCGUGGAAGAUGAAGAAGAGUCGCCGGUGGCCAUGGAACAGGCACGGAAGGUGCGCUAUGAGGGCGGCUAUGCCCUCAACUCCAAGGAAGCAGAGCGGUCAGAGGAGGAGCCCGCGCAGCCACCUGUGCUCCAGGUGGACCAGAUGGCCUAAACAGCGGCCUGCCUGUGGUGUCCGGCUGGUGUCUCCAGGUGGGCGGGGUGCCGGAGCCUGGCACAAACUCCUGCAUGUCGCCAGCACCAGCCUCUCACUACUGUGUUGUGGUCCACACAGAAAUCAUGUACGACGUAGCAGCAACACGCACAAGACCAGGAUUUACUAUGGAGGCAGCCUGUCAGGGGUCUAUUUCUAAUUUGGUCGUAGGUUUCAUUUCCAUAGAACUUCCCCAAGAUUGCCCAGAAGAAGAAAUGGAGCAGCUGAAAAACACUGAGCAAUUUAACUUAGGCAGAAAAACCAAAGGCUACUUAAGAUACUAGUCAUGAAAUGUGAUUUUAUUUUUUGUCACUCCAUAUGCUUGCGGAACAGUGUACCACUAAUAUAUUGAAUUUCCACAGAACUCGGUGAAUCUGAUUUCUAUUUUUCAAGUGUGUGAUAUGCAAUAUACAUGUGUUUAAGCUACAGGUGUAACUACCUUAUAUUUUAAAAAGAAAACACUUCUUUUAGAAAGUAGAAGAGAAAGUUCAGUUGACCAUCCACUUAAUAGAAACCAUUGCUUUAUUGAAAAUGAACUGAAAAUUGAAAGAUUAUAAUGUUUAACUAAUGAAGUAAGAUAUGUAGAAAAGUUGGGACUAUUAGAAAAAGAGAAUUAUGAAAGAGCUGUGGGAAAAUAAGAGAAAUAGGAAACAAAGAAUGCCAAAGAAAAUGAAGACAAAGAAAAAAAGUAUGUGCUUAAAAAUAGAAUAAUUACAAUAUCAGUUCAAGUAUUUCACUCUUUAUAACAAUACUAAAGAAGUUUAUAUAUCCUGGAAUAAUGUUAUAUUUUCACAAUAUUUUUAUUUUCUAACAUUUUCAAAUAAUAUAAAAAACAUUUUACUGUGUUAAAGCUGACUUUUUUAAUAAAUAAAAGAUGUUUCUCUAAAGAAGCUCAAAAGAAUGUUGUCUCUUUAAUAUUGGAAUGAAUAUAAAUCUUCAAAAUUAAUUAAUGUAUACUGCCUUUUCUAGGAAGUUGGAUCAUACUAUUCUUUAAUGUAAUGUCUUUCAAAUUUGAAAUAUCCCAUAUACUCCAAAUGUAAUGUUGGUUUAUAAUUAAAAUCAACAGAUUUGAGAAGGGAAGGAAGUCUUCUGUUUUUCCUUUUUUUAUACGUAAUGAUAAUUUUA